AUGUGGCUUUCCAUCCCUCCUUGGGGGUUUCCAUCCCUCCAUUUGGUUCCCUCCGUCCCUCAGACCAGCCAGGACAUCUCCUGCGUGGUCUUUGCCAUCUUCAACGUCAUCUGGGCCACCCUGUUCCUGGAGGAGUGGAAGCGCCGGGGGGCCGAGUUCGCCUACAAGUGGGGGACCCUGGACACCCCCCCCGAGUCCAUCGAGGAGCCCCGGCCCCAGUUCAGGGGCGUUAAGAGGAUCAGCCCCGUGACCAGCGCUGAGGAGUUUUAUUACCCCCCCUGGAAGCGGCUGCUCUUCCAGUGCCUGGUCAGCCUGCCCGUCUGCCUCGCCUGCCUCACCCUCGUCUUCCUCCUCAUGCUCGGCUGCUUCCAGCUCCAGGAGUUCGUGCUGAGCAUCCAGGAGCUGCCCCGGAUCAUCCGUUUCCUGCCCAAGAUCAUCCUGGCCGUCAUUGUCACCGCCUGUGACGAGCUCUACAAGAAGGUGGCCUACUGGCUCAAUGACAUGGAGAACUACCGGCUGCAGAGCGACACCUUCCAGGACUACCAGGAGAUGUUCAUCCAGUUCGGGUACGUGGUGCUGUUCUCCUCGGCCUUCCCCCUGGCCGCCGUGUGCGCCCUGGUCAACAACGUCAUCGAGAUCCGCAGCGACGCCUUCAAGCUCUGCACGGGGCUGCAGAGACCCUUCGGCCAGCGCGUCGAGAGCAUCGGCCAGUGGCAGAAGGUGAUGGAGGCCAUGGGCGUCCUGGCCAUCGUGGUCAACUGUUACCUGAUCGCCCAGUGUGGGCAGCUCCAGAGGCUCUUCCCGUGGCUCAGCCCCGAGGGAGCCAUCAUCUCCGUGGUGGUGCUGGAGCACUUCGCCCUGUUCCUGAAGUACAUCAUCCAGGUGGCCAUUCCCGACAUUCCCGCCUGGGUGGCCGAGGAGAUGGCCAAGCUGGAAUACCAGCGGCGCGAGGCCUUCAAGCACCACGGGAGGAGCCUCGUGGGCCAGUCCCGGAGACACGGCCGGGAUGGAGCUGCCAAGGAAUCUGCUCCCAUCAACACCCCCCUCGGCGGCACCCGGGGCUGGUUUGGAAUAUUUGAGGCCCACAAUUAUGGCUGGAUGGGGAGCACCCGGAGGAGUGAACCCCUUGGAAUAGGUCGGCGGUGA